AUGUCACAUGAACAUGCUGGUGAGAAGCCAGACCUUGCCGGCUUACCUCGUUUUGGCAGCGCUGCAUGGGUUCAUGUGGACCCUGCCUCCAAACUUGAGCUGAAGUCAUGCAAAGGUCAUUGGGUUGGGUUCGAUUCCCAGAGCAAAGCUCACCGCAUCUACUGGCCAGGCCGCCAUACUGUCACCGUUGAGCAUGAUGUCCAGUUUGCUGCUGACACUGCCCCUGCCUCUGUUACUACCCCUGCUCUGGCCAAGGGGGAGACCACUACCAAUAUCGCCCAGAGCACACUGUCCACUCCGAGCUCUAUCCCUGCUAGUGUUCAGGGGGAGACAGAGGCUGUUGAAGCUGCACAACCCACCUUACAACGAAGCCAAUGCACUUGCACACCCUCACAGUGGGUGCAAGACUUAACCACUGGCAAAGGGACAGCCGGGGGGGUGACGUGCAGAGGUUGCCGAUGA